GUUCGCGCGCCGAAGCAACGAAUGAUUGGUCAACGGCCGGAUGCACGAAUACGGGCCAAUGAGGUCUGUGAUUGGCGCUCAUGAGUGAACCCGGUUCCGUUCAAGAUGGCGGAAAAAACGAUGUGCAUAUCACAGCAACAAACAAAACCUAUAAAAAUUUUAAAAUGGAAAGUCAGCGAAGGAAAUACAGUGUCAAUCGGUAGAGUAAUUCUUUUAUACGAUUUUGAUGGGGCUUCCAAGGAGGAACAACGUAAAUUAAAGGUAACACAAGCUGGAACAAUUCAUAAGAUUGUGGCGCAGGAAGGCGCCAUUGUCAAGCCAGGGGAAACAUUAUGUGAACUUAAAGAGUGCACACAUCCUACAGUUAUGAAUGAUAUGUGUGGCGAAUGCGGUACAGAUCUUCGGAAAAAUGACGUCACUGUGGCUGCUUCUGUGCCGAUGGUUCACGCAAUUCCAGAUUUAAAAGUCAGUGAAGAGUUAGCCCAGAAACUUGGAAAGGCCGACGUUGACAGACUACUGAAGGAUCGUAAGCUAGUCUUAUUAGUUGAUUUAGAUCAAACAUUAAUUCACACAACUAAUGAUAAUGUUCAACCAAACAUCAAGGAUGUGUACCAUUUUCAGUUGUAUGGUCCUAAUUCACCUUGGUACUAUACAAGACUGAGACCUGGAACUCACGAUUUUUUGAACAACAUAUAUCCUUUAUUUGAAUUGCAUAUAUGCACCUUUGGCGCCAGGAAUUAUGCACACAUGAUUGCAGCAUUUUUAGACAGAGAUCAGAGAUUUUUUUCAAAUAGAAUUUUGUCCAGAGAUGAAUGUUUUGACCCAACUAGUAAAAAAGCAAAUUUGAAGGCGCUGUUUCCUUGUGGUGAUAAUAUGGUGUGCAUAAUUGAUGACCGAGAAGAUGUUUGGUCAAAUGCUGCUAAUUUAAUUCAUGUAAAGCCCUAUCACUUUUUUCAACACACUGGUGAUAUUAAUGCGCCACCUGGUUUAGAUAAACAUGAAAAUGAUAAUAAACUUGGUGUUGACUUAUCAAAAGUCAAAGUGAUAAAAAAAGAACAAACUUCAAAUAAUGAUCAAGUGAAGCUGAAUGAUGCUAGUGAUACAAAUAAUGAAAUUAAAAAAGAUUCAACUGAAAAUAGUGAAAAAGAUGACAGUCAGAAACCUGAAACUAAGCCAAACGAAGCUGGACAGAAUGGUGAUACCACGGAAAUUGUUGAAAAUAAAACUGAAAAACAAUCAGAAACACCACAGGUUGAAUUAAAAGAAAAUCUGGACACGCAACCUGAAAGCGACUGUAAUACACAAAAUCAUCAAGAAACAAAAUGCCCUGAAAAUCAUUUAAUUGAAGUGGAAGACUCAGAUGAUUACCUUUUACACCUAGAAGACAUUUUAAAACGAAUUCAUCAAGCUUUUUAUGAAGAUUACGAUCGAAUGGAAUCAGGAGAAGUGCCUGAUUUAAAAAAAGUUAUUCCAAGGGUUCGAGGACGUGUUCUCAAGGGUUGUAAAUUAGUUUUUAGUGGGUUAGUUCCAACUCAUAUUAAAUUGGAGCAGUCAAAGGCAUACCAGAUAGCAAAGAGUUUGGGAGCUGAGGUUACGCAAGAAUUAGAAGAAGACACUACACAUUUAGUUGCUGUGAGACCUGGUACUGCAAAAGUAAAUGCUGGCAGAAGAAAAAAGAAUUUAAAAAUCGUAACUCCUGAUUGGCUGUGGUCAUGUGCAGAAAGAUGGGAACACGUUAAUGAGAAAAUUUUUGCGCUUAAUAGUAAAGGAUCAAAAAACAGGCAUCCUCCACCACAUUGCAGCAGCCCAGAGCAUAUAAUCAGCUAUCCGGAACAUAAUACUCCAGCAAUGAGAAAACGAACACCCAGUGGAAGGUUUAUGGAUACCAUUAACCCACUGAUGUCGUUCUCCAGUGCUGAUAUAGCAGAUAUGGAUAAGGAGGUUGAAGAUAUUUUAGAUGAUGAAAGUGAUACUAGUGAAGAUGAAAAAAACGCCAAAACAGCUGCAGCUAAUAUAGAGAAGAAUGAACCCAAUCGCAGCACUAGUAGUAGCAGUAGUAGUGAAGAUUCCUUAACUGCAGAAUACCCUAAAGGUUACAAAAGAAAAAGAGAAGAAAAUGAUCUUAGUAAUGACCCUAGUAAUAGUACUGAAGAUGAUGAAUCACCUAGUAUAAAAUUCCGAAGAGGUGAAUAUGUAGGUAGUGAAUUAGACUUGGAGCCUGAUUCACAAGAGAGCGAUGGAAGCAUGGAAGCUCCAGAUGAAGUUGAUGAUGGAGAAUGGAAUAUGAUGGGUGCUGCGCUUGAAAGAGAAUUCUUGUCAAAUAAUUAGUAGGUUUAAAUUAAAAAGUAGGGCUAAUUUUUUAAAAUAUUUCGAUUAUAUUUUUUAGAAGUGCAGUAUUAAAGUAGUAACAAUACAAUUGUGAAAGUUUGUUACCUGAAUAGUUCAACAUUGAGCAAAAUUUUGUUGCUAACGUUUGUUUACAUAGAGCAAUGUAUGUAAUGUACUUUAAACUGCGAGAUUUUAAGAUUUUAAAUAAAGACUGUUGACAACGUGAUUUUAGUGAA